ACACACAUUCCUGUUAGUGAGAUAGUGGUUGGUGAUAUAUGUCAAGUUAAAUAUGGUGAUCUGUUACCAGCAGAUGGAAUUAUAAUUCAAAGCAAUGACUUAAAAGUUGACGAAAGUUCCUUGACGGGAGAAUCUGAUCAUGUGAAAAAAGGAGAAAAAUAUGAUCCUAUGUUAUUUUCAGGGACGCACGUAAUGGAAGGGAGUGGAAAAAUGGUGGUAACAGCAGUGGGUAUAAAUUCACAGGCAGGUAUUAUUUUUGCCCUUUUGGGAGCGGUAUGCACAGAAACUGAAGAAGAAAAGAAGAUGAAAAAGAAAGAAGCAAAAAAGAUGAAAAAGCAAAAGAAAAAUAGCACAGCAGCAUGCCAUAGUGACGCAUACAAUAACCAGGAAUUGUCCCCUUUGACUAUUCCUGUUACUGCACCUGGUGAUGAGGAGGCAGCAGUCACAGGAAACCCAAACCUCAUGAAUGCAUCGACUGUCAACAGUCACACCACAGAACCUCUCCCAUUAGAUAGUCCUAAAAAAUCCAAGGACAUAGAAACUAGUACUAGAAAGGAGAAGUCUGUGCUUCAGGCAAAACUUACCAAAUUAGCUAUUCAGAUUGGAUAUGGAGGUUCCACAAUUGCAGUGCUUACAGUAGUCAUCCUUAUUGUACGCUUUGCUAUAACCACGUUCGUCGUUAAAAGCAAGCCAUGGUCAGCAUUCUAUGUUCAGUUUCUUGUUAAGUUCUUCAUCAUAGGUGUCACUGUCCUUGUUGUAGCAGUUCCAGAAGGUCUUCCAUUAGCUGUAACACUUGCAUUAGCUUACUCUGUCAAGAAAAUGAUGAAAGACAACAACCUUGUUCGUCAUUUGGAUGCAUGUGAAACCAUGGGUAACGCCACAGCUAUCUGUUCCGACAAGACCGGUACUUUGACUACGAAUCGUAUGACUGUUGUGCAGAGUUACAUAUGUGGUACUUCUAAUAAAACGUCACCAAAAUAUGAAGACCUUCCCCCAAACGUUGCAGAGAAAAUUCUUUAUGGGAUCUCGGUGAACUGUGCAUACACUUCUCGUAUUUUGGCUCCUCAUAACCCAGGGGAACUUCCCCAGCAAGUGGGCAAUAAGACAGAGUGUGCUCUGUUAAGCUUUGUUGUGGAAUUGGGUAGAAGUUAUCAGUCAGUAAGAGAUGAUAUCACAGAAGAAAAGUUACACAAAGUGUACACUUUUAACUCCGUUCGGAAGUCUAUGAGCACUGUUAUUCCUAUUGAAAAUGGAUUCCGAGUCUACACAAAAGGAGCUUCGGAAAUGAUUAUGAAAAAGUGUUCUUAUAUCUUGGGAACAGAAGGAAUAAUAGAAAGAUUUUCCAAAGAGGCCCAAGAUAAGCUUGUAAAAAUGGUUAUUGAGCCUAUGGCUUGUGACGGGUUACGUACCAUUUGUCUGGCAUAUAAAGAUUAUGUACGACACAACCCUGACAUUAAUCAGGUGCAGUAUGAUGUGGAACCUAACUGGGACGAUGAAGAUGACAUCGUAAGCAACAUGACAUGUAUAUGUGUGGUGGGCAUCGAAGAUCCUGUUCGUUCAGAGGUUCCUGAUGCUAUCAAAAAGUGUCAGAAGGCAGGAAUAACUGUAAGAAUGGUAACUGGAGACAAUGUGAACACAGCUCGUUCAAUAGCCAUGAAAUGUGGCAUAAUUAAGCCCGGAGAUGAGUUUCUGGUGCUCGAAGGCAAGGACUUCAACCGUAGGGUACGAGACAGUACUGGUGAGAUCCAGCAACAUCUGAUUGAUCAGAUAUGGCCUCAACUUAGAGUUUUGGCCAGAUCUUCCCCUCAGGACAAGUUCACCCUAGUGAAGGGAAUUAUAGAUAGUAAGUUGAGCACGAAUCGAGAAGUAGUUGCAGUCACGGGAGACGGCACUAACGAUGGUCCCGCUCUCAAAAAAGCUGAUGUGGGCUUCGCUAUGGGUAUUGCAGGAACUGAUGUUGCUAAGGAAGCCUCUGAUAUCAUUCUCACUGACGACAACUUCACUAGUAUUGUAAAAGCUGUGAUGUGGGGGCGUAACGUUUACGACAGCAUUGCCAAGUUCUUGCAGUUUCAAUUGACAGUAAAUGUUGUGGCUGUUAUUGUUGCCUUUAUUGGAGCUUGUGCCAUAGAGGACAGUCCUCUGAAAGCAGUGCAGAUGUUGUGGGUCAACUUGAUUAUGGACACAUUAGCCUCUUUAGCCUUGGCCACCGAACAACCUACGGCUAGUCUACUAUUAAGAAAACCGUACGGUAGAACCAAACCCCUUAUCUCCCGCACAAUGAUGAAGAAUAUCCUUGGACAUGCUGUUUAUCAAUUAACUGUGAUCUUUAUUCUGCUCUUUGUUGGACAUCAUUAUUUUGACAUCGAUUCUGGCAUGUAUGCACCUCUUCAUUCCCCUCCUUCUCAGCACUUUACCAUCAUCUUCAAUACCUUUGUCAUGAUGACACUUUUCAAUGAAAUAAAUGCCAGAAAGAUCCAUGGUGAACGUAACAUCUUUGAGGGACUUUUCACUAAUCCUAUAUUUUAUUCUAUUUUGUUCAUAACCUUUGGAGCACAGAUCAUAAUAGUCCAGUUUGGAGGAUUUGCUUUUUCUACUGCUGGUCUUACUUUAGAUCAGUGGUUUUGGUGUGUGUUUUUUGGCUGUGGGACCUUAUUAUGGGGACAGUUAGUCACAACAGUUCCCACCAAAAAGAUCCCGAAAACCUUUACAUGGGGUUCAGGAACACCUGAUGAGCUUGAAAAUGAUGUUCUUCGUGGUGAAGAGAGUUCCAGGGAUUCCAUCUCUCAAGACGUCAAGCGAACAGGACAGAUACUCUGGAUUCGUGGCCUUACUCGACUACAGACUCAGCUUCGAGUAGUCAGGGCCUUUAAGAGUACGUUGGAAGACAUGGAAGAAAAGCGUAGUGUUCAUAGUUUACACAGUUUACACAGCUUGCGUAGUUCUCGUAGCCAUCCUGGGACUAGACCACUCUCAGAUAUAAGCUACAUUGAUGAAGAAAUGAAAACACCAUCAUCCAACGAAUAUUCUCACGAACAGAGUGCUACCCACAAAAGACUGAACACAAAGAAUAUGAAAGGAGCUAAGAUCAACACCUCGAACAAGAACAACCCAGUGGUAACUCCCACUCUCAGUGAUAAUGAUGCACAUGUUCACUCGGAGACUGCUCCCCUGAUGGAACAAUCACAGCAAUCCCCAGCAGAUCAUCAAGGGACCCCAUGCUUUUCACCACUGACAACAAGUAUAACACCAGUAAAUUCUUCCUCGGCUCCUUCCUCUAAUACUUCUUUCCCCAACUGGGUAGAUAACAAUGCCACCAGCCCACUCUCUCAGGGCUACCACCUUUUGUCUGAACCAAGUAAAGUUCAUGAAACCAGUAUUUAAUGCUGUUGCCUUCCUUUAAAAUCAAAGGGGAAAAAAAGAUUAUAGAAAAUAACCCCCUCCCUUACUUUUAAACAGAAUUUGCUCAUGCUGACAUGACAUGUUAUAAGCUGAGACUUAACAGUUGCAUGUCUGUGACUAAAUGUAAUGAUAAGUACUUGUGAAAAAUGAAGCAGAUAAAUAUGGAAUGAAGUAACAAUGUUUGUUGAAGAGGUGAUUCCAGAUGGUGAACCCCAGGCUGCCAAAGCCAUUUAUAUAUAUCUGUGUGUGUGUGUGUGUGUGUGUGUGUAUGUAUAAAUAUGUACAGCUGCAAGUUUGAGAUCUGCUUCUUGGCAUUUCAUAUACAACAAGUUCCACAAACCUGUUUUGUUUAGUGUACCUAACUUACCAGCAUGAAUUAUUGCUGUUUUGAAUGUUCAUUUAGUUAAAGUUGUUGUGAAUGUGACUUUUCAUAUAUUUGAUCUGAAAAUGUAUAGUUGGAGAAGUUCCAGUCACUUCUGUUACCCAAAGUAAUGUUAAUAAUCUGUUGAAAAUAGAAAUGUCUUUAGUUUUAAACUUUUAAUGUUGGUUCUUUAUUGUCGAGCACUCUAGAGAUUGUAACAUCUUCACAAGUUCACCUUUAUUCAACAUUAUCAAGUAGUUAGACUUUGAAAACAUUUUAAAGCACUUCAGAGUACACUUUGUAAUAAGAGUGUACACUUACCAUGUAACAGAUUCUCUGUUUCCUCAGGUGUAUAUAAAAAAUAUUCAUGUUACCAUUUUUAGAGGAGUCUGUAGUUUCGUUUUUAGUCUUGUGACACACACCUAUUUACUUCAUUGGUAACUAGAUUAUUACCAGAGUAAAAUUGUAAUUCAUAUUUUUUCUUUCCUUUUCGAUUUGCUAACAGUAAAUCUUGUCUUUCAGUAGCUUCUAACUAAUCUAUCAACUCUUCUGCCCCAAAUAACGACCUUUUUUCUCUCUAUUAUUUACUUCAGUGUGUGUGUGUGUUUUUUUUCUUUGCUUUCAUAAAACAUUUUGUAGGACCCUUUAAGUGAAAGGGCAAUACAUUCAGAAAGCAUACAGUUAAGGUUUUAAAAAGAAAGGGUAUUAGUCUGUUGAAAGAACUUGAACUAUCAAUAUUUCUCUUAUUAUACUAGCAUGUUAAGUAUUUUUGGAUGUGAGCUUUCGUGGUGCUAUAUCUAGUUCUGCUAUUUACAUUGUUCCUUACUUUAAGUAAUUAUUGUAGAUUUAACUUCGGGGAUUUAUCAGUUUGCCUCCAUGAACACUUGAUUGUACUAAAAUGACAAGGGUAACAUGGUGAAGUACGGUGUUUAAAUAAACAAACAGUGAACUAUAUAAGAAUGUGUGUAGUUAGGCCUAUGGUUAACUGUGAUUUUGUUCGAAGCAUUUCCUUUCCCUUGUGACAUCCAUGAAAACUGAACAACUUAGUAAUCUCUUUUUCAUUCCAUUUGAGUUUGAUAUGGAAUUAUUUAUAUAUAUGGUAUUUUACCACUGACAUGUUUCAAACUGUUGCAAGUGUUUAACUUUUAUUUGGAUAACUUGUAUUUAUAUUAUAUCGGGAGAUGAUAUGGUAGAUGUUUUUGUUUCAUGUUAUACAAGAAUGCUGCUUUUUUUUUUACUCUGUUAUAAUAUGUUGAAGCUCUAGAAAUAACAAAAAAAAAUUAAAUACCUCUCAUCAAAGUGAGUUGUGCUUAAAUAUCAUAUCGUUACAGUCACCUUUCGUCAGUACAUAGUUAAGUGUGUUAGGUUUCAUAAUUUUUUGUUUUUCUGUUCCUCUGUAAUGUAUGUUAAAUUGGUGCAUAUGAUUGUUAGUACUGUUCAUCAGUGUUUAAAUAUCACGAUUUUCAUAUGCACCUAUUUGUAUAUUUGCAACUAUUUAACUCAAGGAAACAUUUAGUUUUAUUCAGUAAUGGUUUGUCUCAGUUCAUUAUAACUGUCACUAAUAUAUUAUGUUAGCUUGUUUUUAACAUAUAUUAAGUCAUUCUCUUAUUUAGUGUUAUGAAUUUUUUAGUUAAAUGUGUAAAGAAAUCUCUUGAUUAUUUACUUCAUAAGUUUUUUUCAAUCCAGUGAAAGAGUUGAAUUUUGCAUUAAAUUUACAUAAAAUGUGGUGGUCACGUGAUGUUCACUAGAAGAUGCUGCCUAGCUUAAAUACUAAUUCAGGAAAACUACUUUAGCUAACAGUGCAGGUAUUCAAUAUGACAAGUGUUCCAAGAAACACCAUGUAGAAACAACUUGAAAUGUAAAUGUUCAGAGGUUAUAUGAAGAUACUUUUUUUUUGUCUUGUAAUUACUCCAAAGACUUAGCCAUAUAAUAUUUAACUUCUUUAAAUAUGACAACUAUCAUAAUUCAAAAUGAAUACAAUUAGAAUGAGUAGCUAGACAGUGAUUGUUUGUUCAGGUCAGUACAAAUUUCGUAUAUGGUAUCCGGAACAUGUUUACUUUACUUCAUAUUUGCUCAUUACUGAUGUAGCUUGGAGUUUUAACUGUGUGGAAGAUUUUUUAAGUAGAAAUAUGUUUGUGUUGCUUGUGUAUUUGACAAAAAUAUUCUGUGACAUGUAGGCUAUUUACUGAGUGCCUGCUCGACUUGUGAAAAAAAAACAAAAAAACAUUUGGAUAUCUGAAGUGGUUCAAGUGUUCAGAAAUAAGUGGCGUGUUUUCCAGAGCAUCCUAGAAUCUACUUCUAUCAAAAUAGACAAGCAAUACUUGCGCAAAAGGUUUAGUUCUGUGGUGAUAUCUUCUAAGUUGUAAUCUUGUUUUGACAAUGUACUGACUAUAUGGUGUUACAAUAGUAUAUACAAAUAAAAACGUCAUAUUUCAGUGCUCA